GACAGCGAGAAGCGUUCGCUCAUCGAAGAACUUCGUAUGAAUUUCGAUCGUCUCACUGCUGAAAUCAAACAAAAAGAGUUAUUAGUAGACGACUUAAAAGAGCAACUAAAAUCACUGCAGUCUGCAUCGAGGGAAAAGGAAGAGCUUGUUAGGGUAGAAAAACUUCGCUUCCAAGAAGAGUUGGAAUUAAGGCAAAGAGAAAUCAGAGAUGAGUAUAGCGAAAAACUUCGAAAAAUGACCGCUGAACUGGAACACAGAGAGAAGAUGGUGAAAGAAUGCGAAAAUCGCUUGAAUCAACUUACUCAUCUUCAUGAGAAACUUAUGGAAGAAGAACAGAACAUGACGCAGGAGAAUGCAGAGCUAAUAGAAAAACUUCAAGAGACCUCGCUUAAGCACAAAAGAGAAAUGGAUGAAAUUAUUGAGCAAAACAACUUGGAUAGAGAAGAUUGGGAAAACGAAAGAAAGCAGCUGGAAAAAGCAAAAAAUGCAUUGUUGGCCAAUCUGAGGACAGACCUAGCGAAAGCUGAAACAGAGACAAGAGAAGCGGUCGCCAGGGAGGACGCUCUCAGAGCGGAUUUGAAUGAUGCCAAAGAAGAAAUCAAGGACUUGGUGCAUCGCCUCGAGAAGGAGAACCGCGACAGGGAAAACGAAGAAAGUCGAAGGAAAGAGCGCGACGAGUCUCGAGAAAGAGCACGACUUGGCUUUGCUGCAGAAUUCGAAGAGAGUCAAGUCAAGGUUCUAAUGAUCAUGUUUGAAAUACGCAGACUGAUGCAUGAGCAAAUGCUUUUGCACUUUGAUCCCAAAUAUAAAAAAAGCAAUGUAAUGGAUUGA